AGAAUAAAAGGACAUAUUAACUUACUUUUAACCUUCGCCCUUGAACUUUAUCUGAAGCUGUCACCUUUCUCGUCUUGGUACUUUCUUACACUUCUUUCUCACGGCUCUCAUUCACCAUAUACCUCUCCUCCCUUUACCAGCGGCAAAAGCCCUCCCUCACGGAAGUCAUGGACAAGCGAUCUACAAGUAGGACGACGUCCUCAACCCAAGAGCCCACACACCUGGACCUUGCGGAGUACCAGGCAGAAUGGGCCAGGAUUCAUGAAAACACAAUCCGGCAGCUUGAGCAGCUUGAGCAGCUCAAAGCAAGCGGACAAUCAGGAAAGGUCUCGGGAGCAGGGUCCCAGAGAUCUCCCUCAACUCAGUCCCCCAGCUGACAAUCCACCACGACGCGAUUCUCUUCACGAAAAAAAAAAAAACCUUCUUACGAUGGCCUUCGGUGCCGGUUGAAAUAAGACAUCCAUCAUAGCGUGGCGCGUACUGGUUCUUGGAUUUGAUUGCUAUUGAGCCAUCGAAAUUGGCAUAGUUUUAUGGCGUUGGCAGGGCAAAACUUUGAUAUCCCAUCUUCUAUGUUUUUACUUAUUGUGGUAUCGGUACCUUGAAACUUUCUUUACUUGAUACCAAUUUUGCCUUUUCGUUGAUCAAAAAUAAAUAUUUGAAUUAAUUCCUCUUCUAUGUGACAGUAAUAUAUAUUGAUUGUUCUUUGCUGCGAGAA